AUGGGUGGCGAAAACAGUGAAACUGCCGAUGGUAUCAUUGGGAGUAGCACAAAUGGGAAAGCACCACAGCACAACAGUGAACCGAAUCAGGGCGGGGUGAGCUUGUUUUGGCAAAACUUGACCGUAGUCCCCGACACGAGUCCCGACAAACACAACCCACAACCGGUGCUGAAUGACAUCACUGGAACUCUACAGCCGGGCACGCUGGUAGCCCUGAUGGGGCCGAGUGGCGUUACAGGCAAAAUGUCCGUUACAGGUGACGUUCGGGUGAACGGGUGUCCCAUCGGUCCGUACAUGUACAACAUCAGUGGCUACAUUUACCAGGACGAGUUGCUGCCGGCUUCGAUCACGGUUCGCGAACACCUGGAGCUGAUGGCGAACCUGAAGCUAGGGGGAACCGUUUCGUCGCAGCUUAAGCGUACCAUGAUCGGGGAGCUCCUAUCGAUGACCGGGUUGGAGAAGUGUGCCGGAACCAGGAUCGACGCUGGCAUCGGUGGCUUCGGCAAGACGCUGUCGGGUGGUGAAAAGAAGCGGCUUGCCUUUGCCGUCGAGAUGCUGUCCCGGCCGCGGUUUCUGUUCUGCGACGAACCGACGACCGGCCUCGACUCGUACAGUGCCCGCCAGCUGGUGGCCAUGAUGCAAACGUUGACCCGCGCCGGAACCACGGUGCUGUGUAGCAUCCAUCAGCCCUCGGAGGAGCUGUUUUUCGAGUUCGAUAGCGUCAUCCUGCUGACCGGGGGCAGGACCGGCUUUAUCGGUACACCGCGCGGGGCAGUUCAGUUCUUCGGGCUCGAGUGCGCUCCGGGCUACAAUACGGCCGACGUUCUCGUGAAGGCUCUCGCCACGCCGACCACGGCCACGGGCAACGGAUUCACGACGGGUGGUAUGUGUCCGAAUGCGAUCUGCAACUGCUACGCCGCCAGUGAGUCGGCACGGUACCAGGAGGCACUGAUCAGUGCGGAGCUGUAUCGGUGUGCGACCGACGGCCGGAACCUCCAGUUCCUGCUGCAGAUGGCGAGGGAAGCUCACCACCGCCGUUGGUUCUACACGCUUCUGUGGCUAGUGUACCGCAAUAUGCUCCAGUCGCAUCGCAACCCGAACCUUCAGUACUACAAGGUGGUUCAGCGGAUAGUGAUCGCGUUGUUGGUGGGGCUCUGCUUUUCGAACUCGAUCCAGCUAACGCAGAAGGGCGUCCAGGCGAUGCAGGGUGUCAUAUUUCUUAUCGUCUCCGAGAACACGUUUCUGCCGAUGUACGCGGCCCUGUCACUGUUUCCGGAGAGCUUUCCACUGUUUCAGCGCGAGAAAAAGGCCAACCUGUACGGUACGGCUCAGUUCUACGUCGCACACGUCCUGUCGAUGACCCCGUUUAUACUGCUCGAAACGUGUGCCUUUAUACUGAUCGUGUACUUUCUCGCCAACCUGAGACCCACGCUCCUCGCCCUAGCGGUCACGGUAGCUGUUUCGGUGCUCGUCAUCAACGUUUCCAUCGCUUGCGGAUGCUUCUUUUCGACCCUGUUUCCAUCGAUUGCCUCCGCGAUGGCGUACCUGGUGCCGUUCGACUACAUCCUCAUGAUCACGUCGGGGAUAUUCAUCAAAAUUUGGUCAAUGCCGAGGUACCUCCGCUGGAUGCCGUUAGUUUCGUGGAUGAUGUUUGCCAGCGAAGCCGUCUCCAUUGCGCAGUGGGACGGUGUAAAGACCAUCGAAUGUUCUAGCAUAAUUCCGAGCGUGUGUUUGCACAACGGCGAGGAGGUCCUGGCACAGUAUUCGUUUAGCGCCACCCAUCUACGGACGGAUUUAUUGGCGCUCGUUGGGCAGUACUUCAUCUUCCACGCGCUGGCAUUACUGUGCCUCGCAAGACGGGUCGCCACCAGUUAG